UAUGCAGCUAAUGAUCCAUACAAUCGAUCCUUUGAACGAAAGCAAAGUGCACGAAAAAGCACUAAGACUACACGCUAUUGCUUCUAUGUCCGUCGCAGUGCCUGAAAGGCAAGAAGGAGAGAUGAACGGUUUCGGCGCGAAUCCUCCAGAAAACGGUCAUAUUCAGGCUAUAUCGAAUGGUCGGUUAUCAGCUACUCCUCCACCAUUUGCCAAUGGUACAUCCCUCUUUAAUGGUCAAGCAGCAAAGAAUGGAAGUCUUCCAAGUUCAAGAAAUCCUAGCCAGCAUACAACUUUAACAAAUAUCAAUAGUAUUGACGAUACAGAGAUAAAACAAGAAGCUGUGAUUACCAGAACGACUGCAAUUGAUAAUGACAAAGACGACUGCAGUAGUCAAAGUGACAAUCAAAAAAUGGAGGAACUCGAUGAGCCGAAUGAACCUCUUGAUAUUAGUUGGCCGAAGACCCUCAGGAAGCAGAUAACCUAUAUUCUGGUUGCACCCAUAGUUUUCCCAUUAUGGAUAACAAUACCUGAUGUUAGAAAACCAAAUAGAAGGCAAUUCUUUCCUUGGACAUUUAUUGGUAGUAUCUUAUGGAUAGCUGGUUACUCGUACUUGAUGAACUGGUGGGCGAAAACUAUAGGUGAUACAAUAGGCAUCGACGAAGCGGUCAUGGGCUUGACGUUUCUGGCGGCCGGAACUAGUAUUCCUGAUUUAAUAACUAGUGUGAUAGUUGCAAAGAAAGGUUACGGUGAUAUGGCCGUCUCUAGUUCGGUUGGAAGUAAUAUCUUUGACGUAACGGUUGGGUUACCUCUCCCUUGGUUAAUAUAUGGCGCUGUGAAUGGCGGUUCACCAUACCGAGUAGAGUCAAAAGGCAUGGCUUGUUCCAUCCUUCUUCUUUUUGCCAUGCUUUUAAUGGUAAUCAUAAUUAUUGCAAUGUUUAAGUGGCGAAUGAACAAGACUAUGGGGAUCAGUAUGUUUUUUAUGUAUGUCAUCUUCCUUAUUGUUGCUAUUCUUCUCGAAUUGGAGAAAAUAUCGUGUCUAAUCAAAACAUGA